AUGCAGCACGCUGUCUUCCCACACCAGAACCCGUACCAACCAGACUGGCAGCACCACCAGCACGCGCAGAACACCCACCACUAUGCCCAGACUCAGGCGGCCGCGGCGGCAAACGCUGUCGCUCAGCAGCAGCAACAGCAGCAGCAGCACUUCAGCCGCAUGACACAGAGCAGUGCCAAUACGAAUGGCAGCAGCAGCAUGGGACAGGGACUAGGCGAUGGGCGAGACCUGGACCACGGACCGGCGAGCAUGAUACCGGGCGGCGAUGCGCAGAUCAGUGAAGAGAACAGGAAGGUGUUGGAGUGGAUUGCGCAGGUGUUGAACGCGACUACGAGGGAGGCUGCGUUGCUCGAGCUUAGCAAGAAGAGAGAGCAGGUCCCAGAGUUGGCGCUCAUACUAUGGCAUUCUUUUGGUGUCAUGACCUCGCUCCUACAAGAGAUCAUUUCGGUAUAUCCUCUCUUGAACCCGUCACAGCUCACGGCGGCGGCUAGCAACCGGGUCUGCAAUGCUCUGGCGCUGUUGCAGUGCGUCGCGUCACAUCAUGAGACCCGUGGGCUCUUCCUCAGUGCGCACAUCCCACUCUUCCUCUACCCCUUCCUCAACACCACCUCCAAGUCUCGACCUUUCGAAUACCUCCGUCUCACCUCCCUGGGUGUCAUCGGCGCCCUCGUCAAGAACGACAGCUCCGAAGUGAUCAACUUCCUCCUCACCACGGAGAUCAUUCCGCUGUGUCUGCGCAUCAUGGAGACGGGGUCUGAGCUUAGCAAAACGGUUGCUAUCUUCAUCGUUCAAAAGAUUCUACUCGACGACAUGGGCCUGCAAUACAUCUGUCAGACGUACGAGCGAUUCUACGCUGUUGGGACUGUUCUGAGUAAUAUGGUUACUCAGCUCGUGGACCAGCAGACUGUGCGGCUGCUUAAGCAUGUGGUGCGCUGUUUUCUGCGUCUAUCGGAUAACGCUCGUGCGCGGGAAGCACUCCGCCAGUGUCUGCCAGAGCCACUGCGCGAUGCCACUUUCUCACCCGUCUUGAGAGACGAUGCGGCUACGAAGCGCUGCCUUGCCCAGCUCUUGCUUGCAUUGUCUGACCAAGCGGAGCCCACGAUGUCGCAGGUAUACGGACAUGCUGGACAAACCCUCCUUCAGCAGUAG